AUGUCGUGCAUUCUGGGACGCCGUGCCUUUUUUGGGCUUCUUUUCUACUGUUCACUGGUCUGGUUGAACUAUGCAGCUCCUUGGCCAGAUCAAACCCAGCACCGGGUGCUGGUAGGAACAGCGGUCGACAGAAACUUUUUGAAGCAACCGGAUUACGCGCAAACGGUCAAAAAGUAUUUCAAGCUCAUAACUGCUCAAAAUGAGAUGAAAUGGCAGUCACUGCAGGCCUGGCCAGGCGAUAGUGGAUUUACAUGGGACGCGGCUGAUGAGAUAUACAGCUUUGUUCAGAACAACAACAAAUUACUUCGGAUACAUACUCUAUUUGCUCAAGGACAAUAUCCGACAUGGGUUGAAUCUAUGUCGCCACAAGACUUAAGGAAUGCUAUGGGCAAAGUCAUCUUCAAUGUAAUUCAGCGGUAUUAUGAUCGGACAAUCGCAAUAGAUGUUUGCAAUGAGAUCUUCAAUGAUCAAGAUGGCAAGAUGCGAGAUAAUACGGUUUGGUUCCGCAAGUUAAAUGAGGACUUUGUCAAUUUUGCAUAUUACACUGCUAGGCAAGCGGGCCUGUUAUAUAACCCCAAACUGCUGCUCUAUUUAAAUGAUUAUGGGAUUGAAGGUCCAGGCCCAAAGGCAGAUGCAAUUCUUCACAAAGCUAUCGAGCUUAAGGGAAGAGGAAUUCUGGAUGCUGUAGGAUUCCAAUGCCAUUUUUCUGUAGGAAAGGUUCCACAAGGAAUGAAGGAGAACAUGAAACGUUUUACGGAUGCAGGUUUGAAGAUAGCAAUCACUGAACUGGAUAUUGCAAUUGAAAAUGUAGCUGCCAAUGGAGCAUCCCAAGCAGUGCUAGAACAACAAGCCCAGGAUUUCAAGCAUGUUUUUGACAUAUGUCAGCAGCUGGAUGGGUGUAUAUCUGUAACAGUCUGGGGAGUAAGUCCUGCAGACUCUUGGAUUGGCAAGAAUGAUUUUGCACCAGGUUCUGGGAAAGCUGUACUAUUUGAUGAGGGAUAUAAGCCUAGUCUUGCAUUACAGCAACUCCCACAAGCUCUGUUUGAGAAUGGGAAUUAGUAGAUUGGGAAUCCAUUGUAGAUAGCUGUAUGGGUUCCAAGUAUAUUGCACCACACCAUG